UGGUGGCCUAAGGGAAGAUUGAAAACCCAACGGUGCUGGCCCCAGUGCACCCAAGGUUGAAGGGACCGGGUGAGAACUAAAGAGAGGGCAGGACUGCGGCCCGGAGCAGCGAGUGACCGUACCAACGACGAUGAGAAUAAUUUGAAGGUUGGCCUGAAGGAGGGACCGUCCCUCCAGCGCGGAAUGCAAUGUUAAUUCUGGGGCAUUGAUGUUUUACAAUGCCUGAUCAAGACAAAAAGCUGAAGACCACAGAAAAACUCACUGAUAAAAAGCAGCAAGGAAUCACCACCAGGGACUAUUCAGAUCUUAAAAGACUCCGGUGUCUUUUGAACGUUCAAUCAAGCAAACAGCAGCUUCCAGCCAUUAACUUCGAGAGUGCCCAAAAUAGCAUGACGAAGUCCGAGAUGGCCAUCAAGGCAGGUGGGCACAGAGCUCGAGGUCAGUGGCACGAGUCCACAGAAGCUGUUGAACUUGAAAAUUUUAGUAUAAACUACAAGAAUGAGAGAAAUUUCAGCAAACAUCCCCAGCAUAAAUUGUUUCAGGAGAUCUUUACAGCCUUGGUAAAAAAUAGACUUAUAUGCAGGGAGUGGGUUAAUCGAGCCCCGUCUAUUCAUUUUCUGAGAGUGUUAAUUUGUCUGAGGCUACUAAUGAGGGAUCCAUGUUAUCAGGAAAUUCUCCAUAAUUUGGGUGGGAUUGAAAACCUGGCUCAGUACAUGGAGAUUGUGACCAACGAGUACCUGGGCUACGGAGAAGAGCAACACAGCGUGGACAAGCUGGUGAACAUGACAUAUAUUUUUCAAAAACUUGCUGCUGUCAGAGACCAAAGAGAAUGGGUCACCACAAGCAGAGCCCACAAGACACUAGUAAAUUUACUCAGUGCUCGAGACACUAACGUCCUAUUGGGUGCACUUCUGGCCCUGGCCAGCUUAGCAGAGAGUCCAGAAUGUAGGGAGAAGAUAAGUGAACUCAACAUUGUAGAAAAUCUAUUGAUGAUUUUACAUGAAUAUGACUUGCUUUCCAAAAGACUGACCGCAGAGCUGCUGCGCCUCCUCUGUGCUGAGCCCCAGGUGAAGGAGCAGGUGAAGCUCUACGAGGGGAUACCCGUCCUCCUCAGCCUGCUGCACUCUGACCACCUGAAGCUGCUCUGGAGCGUUGUUUGGAUUCUGGUCCAGGUUUGUGAGGACCCGGAGACCAGUGUGGAAAUCCGCAUCUGGGGAGGCAUCAAGCAGCUGCUUCAUAUUCUACGAGGAGAUAGAAAUUUUGUUUCUGACCGUUCCUCCAUUGGAAGCCUGUCUAGUGCGAAUGCGGCAGGCCGAAUCCAGCAGCUUCAUUUGUCAGACGAUCUCAGUCCUCGCGAAAUACAAGAAAAUACUUUCUCUCUUCAAGCAGCCUGCUGUGCCGCCCUCACUGAGCUGGUGCUCAAUGACACCAACGCCCACCAGGUGGUCCAGGAAAAUGGUGUAUAUACAAUAGCAAAAUUAAUUUUACCAAAUAAACAAAAGAAUGCAGCAAAAACCCAUCUACUCCAGUGUUACGCUUUCAGAGCCCUGAGGUUUCUCUUCAGUAUGGAAAGAAAUAGACCACUCUUUAAAAGACUUUUCCCCACAGACUUGUUUGAGAUCUUCAUUGACAUAGGACAUUAUGUUCGUGAUAUCAGUGUGUAUGAAGAAUUGGUAUCAAAGUUGAACUUAUUGGUGGAGGACGAACUGAAACAAAUUGCUGAAAAUAUUGAAAGCAUUAACCAGAACAAAGCUCCUUCGAAAUAUAUAGGCAACUAUGCAAUUUUGGACCAUCUGGGGAGUGGAGCUUUUGGCUGUGUUUACAAGGUUAGAAAACGUAGUGGUCAAAAUCUUUUAGCAAUGAAAGAAGUCAAUUUGCAUAACCCAGCAUUUGGAAAGGACAAAAAAGAUCGAGACAGCAGUGUGAAGAAUAUCGUCUCUGAAUUAACAAUAAUUAAAGAGCAGCUUUAUCAUCCUAAUAUUGUACGUUAUUACAAAACAUUUCUUGAAAAUGAUAGGUUGUAUAUAGUUAUGGAACUGAUAGAAGGAGCACCACUUGGAGAGCAUUUCAGUUCUUUGAAGGAAAAACAGCACCAUUUUACUGAAGAAAGACUGUGGAAAAUAUUUAUACAGUUGUGCUUAGCUCUUCGAUACUUACACAAGGAAAAGAGGAUUGUCCACAGAGAUCUGACACCAAACAACAUUAUGUUGGGGGACAAGGACAAAGUCACCAUUACUGACUUUGGCCUGGCAAAACAAAAACAAGAAAACAGUAAGCUCACAUCUGUUGUUGGAACAAUCCUGUAUUCUUGCCCAGAGGUACUGAAGAGUGAGCCCUAUGGGGAGAAGGCUGAUGUCUGGGCUGCAGGUUGCAUCCUUUAUCAGAUGGCGACUCUGAGGCCUCCCUUCUACAGCACAAACAUGCUCUCCCUGGCUACAAAAAUAGUGGAGGCGGUAUAUGAACCAUUGCCAGAAGGUAUUUACUCUGAGAAAGUGACAAGCACCAUCAGCAGGUGCCUCACUCCUGAUGCAGAAGCCCGCCCAGAUAUUGUAGAAGUCAGUUCGAUGAUAUCAGAUGUCAUGAUGAAGUAUUUAGACACCUUAUCUACAUCCCAGCUGGCCUUGGAAAAGAAACUGGACCGGGAACGGAGGCGCACCCAGAGAUAUUUUAUGGAAGCCAAUAGGAAUGCCGUCAUGUGUCACCAUGAGCUGGCUCUGCUAUCUCAUGAAACCUUUGAGAAGGUGAGCUUGAGUAGCAGCAGCAGUGGAACAGCCAGCCUGAAAAGCGAGCUUUCAGAAAGUGCAGAGCUGGCCCCAGAAGGCUUCCAGGCUCCCUGUGGGAAGGAUGAAGACAGAGCCUGUGAUGAAAUACUGUCUGAGGACAACUUCAACUUGGAGGCUAUUGAGAAAGAUAUAUAUUCAGAGCUAGAUGAUGAAUUGGACAUUUCGGAUAACUCCAGCAGCUUGAGCUCAAGUCCUUUGAAAGACUCUACGUUCAGCAUUUUAAAGAGAAGUUUUAGUGCUUCUGGAGGAGAAAGACAGUCCCAAACGAGGGAGUUCAUUGGUGGAAUAGGAUCAAGACCAAGACCAGCUUUGCUGCCUCUUGACCUGCUUCUGAAAGUGCCAUCCUUCAUGGUCAGGUCCCACGUUAAGGAUCUAGAGGCCGAGUUAGUGCCAGGUUGGCAGUCCCAUAGCCUUCCUACUGUGAUUCUUCGCAAUCUCAAAGAUCAUGCAUCUGCAGGGAUAGCUGUGUCCCAGAGGAAAGUGCGCCAGAUCAGUGACCCUAUUCAGCAGAUAUUAAUUCAGCUGCACAAAGUCAUCUACAUCACACAGCUUCCUCCAGCUUUGCACCACAAUUUGAAAAGAAGGGUUAUAGAGAGAUUCAAGAAAUCCCUCUUCAGCCAGCAGAGUAACCCCUGUAAUUUGAAAUCUGAAAUUAAAAAGUUAUCUCAGGGAUCUCCAGAACCAAUUGAACCGAACUUUUUUACAGCAGAUUACCAUUUAUUACAUCAUUCAUCAGGUGAAAACAGCUUGUCCCCAAAUGAUCCAACAGGUCUACCCCCCAGCUUUGAUUUGGAGGAGGGAAUAACAUAUGAACAGAUGCAGACUGUGAUUGAAGAAGUCCUUGAAGAAAGUGGCUAUUACAAUUUUACAUCUAACAGAAGAGCUGAAAAUUCAUUUUCAUCACUGAAAUCUACCCACUGUUUGCAUAGAAUGCUGGGGAAAAUGCAGCUAGCCAAAGAAUGACUACAGAUAUCACUCCUAUCCAUGGCAAAUCAAGAAUCACCCAACCAAAAGAUGAAAAUGCAUUUUGAAUGCAUUUGAUUUUCCUGAUGAAGUUCAAAUUCUGAUUUCAACCACUGCUGCAAGAUGUCCAAGGACUGAAUGUUGAUAGAUGGGGGUGGAAGAGAAAAGACCAAAAUGCCAUGGGGCCUGCAGGACCUUUAUUCAGGAGGUCUUGGGCAGGGGUAUAUGACAGUCAUAGUUCUAGGGAGUUCCUUUCCAGCAGUCUAUAAUUAUAUACAAGAUGACUGGGCUAUCAGUGUGUUCCUGGGAGAAAAUGCUGCAAAAUUCAUCUCUUUGUGUGUGGAUGGGGGACCAUACACAAAGAACUUUCCUCCAAGUUUUUUUUAAAAAGCCAUAUUUUUCAAAGAAACAUUUUAUACUCGGGAUCGCUGAAACUAUGUUGGAAGACAUCUAGUCUUCCAUGUAUAUAAAAUAAUUUUAGAUAAAGAAAAUUAUAGGACCUAGAAUGAUAUAUUGGGUGAUUUACUGUAUCCCCAACUUUUUUAUCUUAAAAGAUAUUCAAAAUAUGUGUUUUUUUAACUGAAAGGAUUGGUUCUCUCUUAACCACUUGGGUGCUAGUGGUCUUGAACCAUGAUCCAAUGUAGACAGUAUUUAUAACCUUGCACAACAUCUGGGAAUAAUUAUCAAUUGUCAGAUUUAACUUAGAUUUAUAGCAUAUAUGGAUGUAUACUGUGUAUAUAUGUACAUAUAUAUGGGGAGAGAGGUUUUGGUUAGACUAAUGCUUUGCUGCUAAUCAAACUUAUAGUGUUUGUAGAGCACUUUGAAGAGUUCAUAGACUCUAUGAAAGAGAUAUUUUAUUCCUUAUUCUAAGUCUGUCUUAUUAAAAUUACCUACGUUUUAAAUAAAUGUUUAUUGUUUGGGAAUGUGAAAUGAAAAUAAGUUAUAUAAUAAAAUAUAAAUUCCUUCUAUACUCACUGAGACAGCCCAAAGAAAGAAAAUGCCAGAUAGUGUCCCUGUUGCUAAGUAGGAAGCACUUAUGAAGAGAAUUUCCUAGAUUUUUAUUAGCCUAAGCUCUUCUUCAACUGGCUUAUUAUAACUCUGGUGUAAUGUCAAGAAAUGUCUGCAUUGCCAAAGCAAACUGCACUUGUACCUACUUAAAGGACAGUUUAUUCUAUAUAAUUUGCAAUCUGGUGGCUGAAAUUAUGCUUUUUAUUUACUUCUCACUGAGCUCUGUUGUCCUUAAUUAUAUUGAUAUAUUUUAGCAUGAUUAAAAAAAUUUAAUUUAAUAUAUUUACAGUGGCUAACACAAUGUAUCCUUUCUGUUUCAUAUAUAUACUCUUGUUAAAUUAGUAUGUUUAAUAUUUAAGUGAUAUCCAGAUUUCCUUUAAUCAUGCGUUAAUGCCUUUGAAGGUUGCCAAUGAAUCUUUCUUUGUCUUUAAGCCAAAUUAAUAACUAAAAUACACUAAUUUUAAAUAAUAGAUACACAUACAGUAAUGAAAAUGUUCAAUUUCAACUUUCAAACCAAUUUCGUCCAUAUAUGCAAAUAUUACUAAUAUAUUCAGGCAAAAUUUUAUUUCUAUUUGAACUUAAUUUGAGCCUGCAUUAUCAUUCUUUGUAUUUUUUUUAAAUGUAUGGAAAUAGAACAUUUCUUCCUUUGCAGGAGGCACAGGCUUUGGUGGGACAAAUUCUAAUUGUGAUAGAUUUAUUAAUUCAUUAAGAAGUAAUUCUAAGCCAGUACUUGGAAUAAACUAAGCUAAGGGGUGAAAGUUUGAAUAAUGGAGUUUUUAAAAAAUUUAUUUAUUUAUUUAUUUAUUUAUUUAUUUAUUUACUUUUAUAAUGGAGUUUUUUUCUCAAAUGGUAGUUUAUAGUAAACAGAAUUUAGAAAAGAGUAGUAUUCAAGGAAUUAUGCCUUGGUAAGAAAAAACCCAGUGAUUUAUUUAAAUUAUUUGAAGUAUUUAAAAAUGCAUACUUUUGACUUUAUUAAUCAGAAAGGAAGGAAAAUAUUACUAAUUCUUUCAAGACACAUGAAUGGCAUUUAUUUUCCUAGAAGCUAGUAAGAGUUAACAAAAACAAGCAAAGGAAAGUCCUUUUCAACAAUAGCUUCAGGGCCAUCUACCAUGCUGAUAGAUGCAUUGUUUUGCUAAAAUAAUGAAAGUACUCUGUUUGAAUUCUCCCUGAAGCUACCACAAACACUGAAUCCACAUCUUCGCAGUGCUUGAAAAUGUCUUUAAGAAAAAGUUAGGCAGUAGGAAGGGAACAAUUUCCUAUAGGGAGACACAUCCCAACAGUGAAGUCAGCUUCUAAAAAACCACCAGGUUCUAACCUUCAAGACAAACAGCACAUCCCCUCACAAUAGUAAUAAGAAGAAAGAAUGGCCUAUUUGUUUUUAUGUGCCUGACAAAAUGUCUUCUAGAACAAAGAAAUUGUUACUUAAGCUUAAUUGGCCUCAUCAUCUUUUCUUGAUUGCCUUCAAUUUUUUUCUCUUCCUCUUUUAUAAUUUUUAAUGAUUUGUUGUGGGAUGAAAUUCCUGUGAAUUAAUUGAAUCCAUUUAAUUCCCAGUGACCCAGUGACCGAAUAUUUGUAUGGGAUGGAAUUUGAGUUAGUCUCUUCAGAUAACUUUUGAUACACAAAUCCUUCAGUUAAUUAUGUUUUGACAAACUAGCUCUAUCUGAUUGUACUUGAAACCUUAAUUUGCUUUCUAAAAGCAAAAUAUUCCAUCCUCAGGGAAGUGACUGCAGCCUGGGGAUAUUUACUUUCUGGUUUUUAACUUUGUCUUGUUCCAGAUGUGCAGUCUUUAAGUGCAGGUUUUCAGGAACAGGAACAUGGACACUUGGGCCCACUACCUGUGGAUGAAUUUCAGAAGCCUAAAGAAAUGGUUACUUAUGUUUAAUGUGGACAUUUUUGUGCCACUGGAUGAUGUGCCCACUGUGCUUUUUUGCAUUCUAAAGCAGAAUAUAAUUUAAGAACACUGUUGUGGACUUUACUCGAAUUGUAUAACUGACGAAGUUAUGCUCUUCUAUGGGUACCAUCCAUGACUCAUUAAAUGCUAUGAAUUUUGAUGUUCAAACAUAAAUGCAAGGCUGGCUGAUUAUGGGCAAUUCCAGCAAUAUUAUCAAUUAAUCACAACUUAUGUUUAAGAUGUGUGAAGGCAAUAAUAUUGGGUAGUCAAUUCUAUCAGUAUUAAUGUGCACACAACCCACACUCCUCUUUUUUAUUUGCUGAGUAACAAAACACAUUAUCUCUCUCUCUCUCUCUCUCUCCCUCUCUCUCUCUCUCUCUCUCUCUCUCUCUCUCUCUCUCUCUCUCUUCUCUUUUUGGAGUAGUGAGGCACCAUGAACAGUAAAUAUGAUGGAUUCCUUUAGAAAUGACUUCAGCUUCUGUCUGACGGGAGGGAGGAAAAAUUCUUUUGAAGCAACCUUUAUUGUUUGCCUUUUACUUUUUUUUAAAUUAAUGAGCACCAGCAUCAACUGGAGAGGCAAAGUAAAGCAAUGUGGGCUGAAACAGCUUCUCAGUACCCUGGAGAUGAAGCUAUGAUGGUGACCUGAGAAAGGGAAGCUUAUUGUUUCCAAAGACUCUGUCCAAACAUGAAAUUCUUCAUGCUCAGUGACUGAAUGGGAUAACAAGCACAUCUUAUAUGUACCUAUAUGAUAUGUUUCAGAUUGUGGUAGUUGUCCUAUGCUGGAAAGUGACAGUUUUGGAUGGAUUAUUGUUCAGUUGAAAUGUGCUGCUAACUUACACUUACCCCUGAGUGCUGUUUUUAUAUUGAUAGGCAGACGCAAAUGUCUCAGGGAAACAACUUUGUGGUAAAAUAGUUUUUAUAUGUGUCAUUAUAGCUCAGUUGCACAUUGUGAAUGUGACUGUUAUGGCUGAUUAUAGUCCUGCUAUGAUGUUAUUUCAAGUUUUGCAAGAGGGACAGAAAGAGCUUAUGAUUUUUAUAAGUGAUGGAUGGGUAUUGCUAAUUCAUUAAGACUCCUGGAUCCAUGGACAACAGUUAUUUUUAAAAAGGAAGAUGACACAUUCUAAAAUCACAGUGGAGUUCUUCUAAAAGGUAUGCUGGAGUUUUUACUAUAAUUAUGCAGCAUUUGAUUAAUAAUAUAAAAAAUUUAAAUAUAGUUCUUGAUUUAAUCCUAAAAGCAGAUGAGCACUUUUAAUUGAAAACUAAGGUUACUCCUCUAAAAGGGAGUUGCUCUUUUUCUCUCACUUUGCAUUGUAACCAGCUACUGAACUUAGAAUUAACAGAAUUGUGUUAGAGCACAUACCUGAGUAUUUAAAUGUAAUCCAGAGGUCGCCUAUCUUUUUUUCCCCUGAACAAAGAUAAGAGUUUUAUCUUUAUGGAAAAUUAUGGCUAACUGUCAUAUUGACAGACAAUCAAGAACUCCGGAUAGACUCUUGAAAUUGAUAAGGUGAGCUUACACAUGAAAAAUUAGCUGAAGUUGUUGCAAGCCUGUAAAGAAUUGUCCCAUCACAGAAGUAGAGAAAAGUAUGUACCAAAAAUGACAAACCAAAAUGAAGAAGUACUUUAAAGUCCUAGCACUUUCAAAUUGGACUGUGAAAAUUACUUAUAGAAUGACCUUUUUAACUUAUAAUAUAGGUCUACAUUUCAAGUCAAGAUCCUGAAAAAAGAAUCUUGUUUUUGAGUGGCUAUGAAGCUUCAGCUAAAACCUGGAUCCUCUCUGUUUACUGUGUUUCCUUUACACCUUAGGGAAUUUUGGAGGAAAUGAGUCUGGAUUAGGGGUGAAUAGGCGUAAGUACCCAGGAGGGCCAUCCCUAAAAGAUGAAAGAUAUGAAAGUGAAACAAUUCUGGAAUAAAAUCUUCUUUAAGAAGUUGGAGGGCAAAUAGAAGGUGAGUGAUUAGGCCAGCAGCUGUUCACUUGAGUGGAGUGACUGGCAAGCCAAAGCUUUUACGUAGCUCCAGAAACAUGGGUGAUUCAUAUUGCUGGGCCUCCUGGAAGCAGCUGAGCAGAUCUUUUUCUAGUGGGCAGUUUUUAUUGGAUUGUUAGCUGGGCACCAUUACAAGAAUGGGACCACCCAAACAGUAGCAGAAAGCCCCCAAAGAUCCCCAAGUAACAUGUUGGCAGAAUUCUUAAGGCAGCAUCCCAUGAAGUAUUCCAAAGACUUUAUAUUCUUCAAAGAAGCAGUUUUUGUUUUUUCUGAUUCUGGGGAUUAAACUCAUGCCUUGGUGAAUGCUAAGCACAUGUAGUAUUACUAAACUACAUUCCCCAGCUCCAAAGAAGCAGUUUUAUCUGCCAAUAAAUGAUGUUGUUCUGCCCCAGGGACUAUGUUUUCCUCCUUAUCUUUCAGCCAUAGCCCCAGGUCCAUUCUAUCUGACAAUGAAAAUUUUACAAGAAAUAUUAAAUGGCUAAAAACAGGCAUAUUUAAAUAUGCCUGCAUUUAGCAAGAUUAGAAAAAGAAACACUGCAAGGUAUUUUAUUUGUCUGCAGGGAAACCAAUUGAUAAUUAGGCUGUGGAGAUAGUCCAUCAGUUUUCUCUUCCAAACUGGGUAACAAAAGUCACAUAAAGUCACAUAAAAAAUCUUUGGACUACAUUUUGUUCACUGACAUUUAGUGAAUCAAAACUGAAUUAUGUUGCCUAUAUCGAAUUACUCCCAGUGGUGAGUUUGUGAGGGUCAAAAAGAAUAGUGCUAUCCUCUGGGAAGAAGCAAAGCCCCUGAUCUAAAGUCACCCAGAGCUUCUAUUUGCUGGACUGCCUGCGUCCAUGAGCAAAGCUUGUGCCUACAGAACGCAAAAGUACUUUUGAUGUGCCUUUCCCCUUUGUCUCUAAGAUAGCAUAGUUUCUUGUUGUUUGUUUCAGCAGCUCCCAUACUGGAUUCCCCUUCCUGCAAUUGCCCAGCCCCUGUAUCUACCCAAGGAACAGAUUGUCCCAUUUCCUACAGGAGCCUGUGUGUCAUCAGAAGGACGUCUGUAAUUCUGUAGGGGUAUGAGAUAUGGAAGGCAGGGGGAUAAUCUACUCUUUUGCACAUGUUUUCUGUCUGUCUCAGACCUCCAAAAAUAUUCCUGCAUAAGCACAGCCAGACUCUAAAUGACCAUGGCCCUGAAAAGAAGAAAACAGAAAUGCUUCUGUAAUGAACUUACAUCAAAUGUGUGUACAAUUUUAUUUUUGCUACUGCUUAAAGAUGCUGUGUAAAAUACUAAAGGAAAUUAAAAAAUGUAUUUUCAAGUUA